AUGGCAUCUUCUUUACCAAAUCUUUGUCUUAAAAGAAUUUUUGAGUACCUUAAUGAUGAUAAAAAUACAUUGCAUUCUAGUCUUUUGGUAAAUAGACAUUGGUGUCAAGAAGCCGUAUCUAUUCUUUGGAGGAGCCCUAACGCCCACAUGUCAAAACAAUUAGUUGAGGUGUAUAUUUCUUGUUUGAGUGAUGAAGAAAAACAAGUUCUAAAUGAUCAUGGUUUGAACCUUCCUCCUUCAACUUUAUCGCGACCAACAUUUGAUUAUGCGAAAUAUUUACGUGUUCUACAUAUUGGUGGUUUAUAUCACCAUUUAUGGUGGUGGUGCAAUCUUCGAAGAGACAAUUGUAUUGGUGCUGAUGGUCGUUGGAUAUUAACUGAACAUUUAUUAAAACUAUUUAUAAGUCGUUGCCCAGCACUUUGUCAAUUUUCAUGCGAUACAACUUGCCUUCUAGAAAAGUUUGACAUAACCAAAUAUCCUGGUGCUUCUUCCUGUCUACCACACAUUCAACAUCUAACACUGACUGGUAAAAGAUUAAAAAAGUAUUUUGAAAAAUUUGAAAUCUGUAAUAAUUUAAGGCAAUUAAAAACAUAUCUUCCUGUUUAUGAAUGGGAUAAUAAAAGACAAUGUCGAAAUACUGAAAAGUUUGAUGCUGAAGUGAAAGGAAUAGUUGAUUUUAUCAAACUGCAAGAUAAAUUACAAGAUUUGGAAUUAUAUGGUGAUUAUUAUGGAAAUGACACUAGUGGUAAAAUAAUUGCCGCUUUAGAAAGUCAGGCCAAUUCAUUGGUAAGCUUAAAACUAUGUUAUGUGAGAUUUGAGGGUCAACCACCAUUCUAUGGUAUUGGUGCUUGUAAAUUUCUUGAAGUUUUAGGAUUUGAUGGUUGUGAUGGAUUGACAAGUGAAAUGUGUAAUCCAAUUAUCAAGUCUGCACCAUUAUCACGACUGUCAUGUUUGAAUAUAACAAAUUCAGAUAUUCCACUUGAGAUUGUUACAGCAUUAGUGAGGAACGCUAAUAUAAGUUUGUGCGAGGUGGUUUUAUGUUCAACACAAAGUACAGAAUAUUUGGUUUUAGUCAUUCAAACAAUAGUCACUCAUUGCCCAAAUCUGACUAAAUUUGAAUCAAAACAGAUUCAUGGUAGUGAUGAAAUACUUGCAUUAUGUUCACUUUUACGGCGCUCUCAACAACUUGAAAGUUUAUCAAUUUAUGGUACAAAUCUGGACGUUGAAUCUUUCUUACCGAUGAUAGGGCAAUCUAUACCGUGCAGUCUUCGAAAACUAUGCAUUUCGUCGGAAUGGAUUUUCUCAACUACGGUUUUUGAAUAUUUCUUGAGAAAUUGUAGAGCACCUUUAACCUGGUUAAAUUUGUCUGCAUGCGAAUGUAUAACCGAUGAACAUUUGGAAUUAAUUGUAAAGUAUAUGGGCAAAACAUUAAAAUACCUUAGUGUGUAUCGAGCAGUGUAUACCAGGAUGGAAUCUUUUGAGAAGGUCAGAAAAGUUAUCCCAAUAGUUAUUGCUCCUGAGGAAAGUACCUUAAAAUUUUACCAAAGACGGUGUCAACGUGAAGAUUAA